AUGGCGUUCUCAAAUCGUCGGCACUUAUCCAGCUCGCCAAUGCUAUCCCUCAUCGUUCUCCCAUUCCUCAUAUUCCUCCUCAGCUUCGCUGGACCAGCUUCUGCCGCCGGAUCGGCCGUCCUGGGCCUUGACAUCGGCACCGAAUAUCUCAAGGCGGCCCUCGUGAAACCCGGCAUCCCCCUCGAGAUCGUCCUCAGCAAAGACUCGAAGCGCAAGGAGUCCGCUGCUAUCGCCUUCAAGCCAACAAGAGAACACGAUGCGCCUUUUCCUGAACGUUUCUACGGUGGCAAUGCGCUAGCUCUCGCCGCUCGGUACCCGGACGACGUUUACAUCAAUUUGAAGACACUUUUGGGUAUUCAGUUCAACGAUGGAGCCGAUGAGGCGGUUCAACGCUAUUCCAGCCGGUUUCCCGCUUUGAAAUUGGAGUCUGCCCCCGACGGUCGUGGCUCUGUAGCUCUCCGUAGCAACCGGCUCGGAGAGGAGCAGAAGAAGGAGGCCUUCCUGGUCGAGGAGAUAUUGGCCAUGCAAUUGAAGGAGAUUAAGGCCAAUGCUGAGGCAUUGGCUGGCAAGGGAUCCGAUGUUCGCGAUGUGGUCAUCACAUACCCUGCGUUCUAUACCGCGGAGGAGAAGCGGAGCCUCCAGUUGGCGGCUGAGCUAGCGGGUCUGAAGAUCCAAGCUCUUGUCAGUGACGGAUUAGCUGUCGGCUUGAACUACGCCACCAGCCGUACUUUCCCCAGUGUGUCCGAUGGAGAAAAGCCCGAGUACCAUAUCGUGUAUGAUAUGGGUGCUGGAUCGACAACGGCGAGUGUUUUGCGGUUCCAGAGCCGAAAGGUCAAGGACGUCGGGAAGUACAACAAGACUAUUCAGGAAGUCCACGUUGUUGGAUCUGGCUGGGAUAAGUCACUCGGAGGCGACUCCCUCAAUGACCUCAUUGUCAACGACAUGGUUGCCCAAUUGGCUGAGGAUAAGAAGCUUAAGGGCAAGGUUACACCCGCUGACAUCAAAGCGCACGGAAAGACCAUGUCCCGACUUUGGAAGGAUUCGGAGAAGCUUAGACAGGUUCUGAGUGCUAACACGGAGACUUCAACAAGCUUCGAGGGACUGUACGAUGAGAAUGUCAACUUCAAAUACAAGCUGAGCCGAGCCAACUUCGAGAAAAUGGCUGCUGAGUAUGUUGCUCGCAUUGGAGGCCCACUUGAGCAGUCUUUGACCGCCGCCGGUCUUCAAUUGAGCGAUAUCGAGUCUAUUGUGCUUCACGGCGGAGCCAUCCGGACGCCAUUCGUUCAAAAGCAAUUGGAGAACUUCGCUGGGUCUCCCCAGAAGGUCAGAACGAAUGUCAACGCCGAUGAAGCGGCUGUCUUUGGUGCUGCCUUCAAGGGGGCCGCUCUGAGCCCGAGUUUCCGGGUCAAGGAUAUCCGCACUGGUGACGCUGCUUCGUACCCUAUCUCCUUGAAGUGGAAAUCGGAUGGCAAGGAAAGAAACCAGAAGUUGUUCACCGCCACUUCGCAGGUUGGUCCUGAGAAGCAGGUCACUGUGAAGAACCUGGAGGAUUUCGAGUUUAGCUUCGCUCAACAGGUUGGCCAGAAUGAAGAGCAGCCAAUCCUUAGCGUUCAGACUCAGAACCUGACUGCGUCUGUUGCUAAGCUGAAGGAUACCUUCGGCUGCACUACUGCGAACAUCACCACCAAGUUCACGAUUCGUCUCAGCCCUGUUGAUGGUCUUCCUGAAGUUAUGGCUGGUACCGUUAGCUGCGAGGUGGAAUCUGAAAAGAAAGGAAUUGUGGAAGACGUCAAGGGUUUCUUCGGGCUUGGCAAGAAGGACGAGCAGGAGCCCCUGGGCGAAGAUGGCGAACCUCGUGAAUCGAUCACCCUCGAGCCCGAGACGGAGUCCUCCGCCACUUCUUCUGCCGGCUCUAAAACCACUACUGCAUCAUCUAAAGAGGCAAAGGCCACGCCCCAAACCAAGUUGGAAGUCAUCCCGAUUGGCUUGAAGUCCGUGGAACUUGGAACCCCUGCGCCAUCAGCUGCGGAGCUCAGCCGCAUCAAGAACCGUCUGUUCGCUUUUGAUGAUUCGGACCGCAACCGUGUCCUACGUGAAGAGGCUCUUAACGAAUUGGAAUCUUUCAUCUAUCGCAGCCGUGAUCUCGCUGACAACGAUGAUUUCGUUAAGGCAAUCAAGCCGGAUCAGCUCACCAUUCUCUCCGAGAAGGUCUCCAAGGCCAGCGACUGGCUGUAUGAAGAGAGCGACAACGCCGUUACUGCUGAUUUCCAGUCCAAACUGAAGGAGCUCAAGGCCAUCGUCAAUCCAGCCCUGAAGCGGGCGAAGGAGAGCUCCUCCCGCCCAGCACGUGUACAGCUGCUCCAAGACAUGCUCAAGAAUGCCGAGUCCAUGAAAGAGUUGAUCAAGAGCCAGAUCGAGACUGACGAGCAGCUUUAUUCCUCUUCCCUCUCGGCCUCAAGCGCCUCCUCCACCUCUACCGAGGCGGAAUCUAGCUCGUCAACCCCAGCCCCAGCCGCUUCUGGCGAUGCUUUCGAUGAUCUCGACGAGGAGCCUUACUCCGCUUCUUCGUCUUCUACCACCUCUACCAAGAGUGCUGCCGCGGCCAAACCCACAGGUCCCAAGUACUCCCUCUUUACCCCGGCCGAUUUGACGGCCAUAACCGAGGCCUACGAGUCCACCCAACCCUGGCUCGAGACCCAGCUGGCUUUACAAGAGAAGCUUACCGAGUCUGAUGACCCGGCUCUCACCGUUGUGGAAAUUGACUCGCGGCUGCGCGAGUUCGAGCGCAUCCUCAACCGCAUGUAUGAGAGGAUGACUGCUGCUGCUGGGCAGCAGAAGAAAAACAACGGUGGCAAGAAGGCUUCGAAGGAGAAGAAGCCUGAGGCCGAGAAGAGUAAGGGGAAGAAGGGCAAGGAGCAGCCUAAGAAGGAGAAGGAGGAUCUUCCCAAAGAUGAGCUGUAA